AUGGAGUGGGAUGCCAGGGCUGUGGCACGGACAGUUCUGAGCUUCCUUGGCACUGCUAACACCCCCGGUGCUGUGCCUCUCCCCCCAGGUGAGAAGGGCUGCAAAGGUGGGUUCCAGGCCAUUCCCACAGCCUGCAGGGUCCCCCCAAAAGCCCCGGAGGACUUGGGGUGCCCAUUGGCAGCACCCCUGGGCAGUCUCAGGGAUUAUGGCAUCCCCGAGCUCCCCGAGCCCCUGGGCAAGAGCAAGAGCAAGAAGAGGAGGAACAGGACGACCUUCAGCACGUUCCAGCUGGAGGAGCUGGAGAAGGUUUUCCAGAAGACACAUUAUCCUGAUGUGUACACCCGGGAGCAGCUGGCACUGCGCACGGACCUGACGGAGGCCAGGGUGCAGGUUUGGUUCCAGAACCGCCGGGCCAAGUGGCGGAAACGGGAACGCUACGGGAAAAUCCAGGAGGUGAGAGAGAGAUGGCUCGGGAGCUGCUGCAGCCCUGUGAGCCCCCAUUCAUUCCCGGGGGAAAGGGGGGUCCCUCUGAAGCACCUGGGGGUGCCCCACAUUCCCAUUCCUGCCUCCAGCAUCACCCAUUCCUGCCCUUUCUGCCCCACAUCACCCAUUCCUACCCCGCCACAUUCCCAUUCCUGCCCCUUCUCCCCCCACGUUUUUCCCCAUCCUUGGGAGGGAGAAGUGCAGCCCGGGAUGGAAAAGAGGGAGGAUCACAUUUUGCCACAUGCUGCUUUAUGUCCCACUCCAUUCCUCUCUGGGGCAGGUUUUGGGGUGUUCCUCCUCCUGAAGAUCCCCUUUAGCUCUCAUCCAUCUGUGCUUCCUGCCCCCCUUUUCUGCAAAGCUUCAUUUUCCCCCUCAGUAUCAAAAAGCAAAAAAAUAAUUUAAAGCUCAGCUUCAUGCACAUCCCUGAAGCCCAACUCUCCCAGAGGGAAUAAUUCAAGCAGGAUUCACCCCCCCCAAGGGCAGAAAACAGCAAAGCAUCGCUCCCUUUGCACCCUGAGGAGAAUCCUACAGGGGUGGGAUACGAGUUAUCCUGAAGGGGGCACUGGGAUCUAAAGCAGAAUGGGGGGGAAAUUGAGCAGGUUGUGAUGUCCCCACCCUCAUUUUGGCCUUUUUGUUGUUGUUGUUGUUAUUGCAGCUGCAGAACAACCUGUGGCCGAGCCCUGGGAGCCCCCCGGGGCUGCUGCCCCCCGAGCCCAUCCCGUCGCCCUGCAUGUCCCCGUACCCCCCCGCUGCCAGCAAUGGCUUCGUGGGCAUCCCUGCAUCCCCGGGCAUCAACAGCCUGUACCCCCUGCCCGGGCUGCCCCCCCCGGGGCUCCCCCACCCCUUCGAGCCCGCCCAGCACGAGUACAAAGCGCCCCCGCUGGUGCCGCUGAGGAUGAAGAGCAAAGAGGGCGCCGGGAGCCUCCUGAGCUGGGCCACAUGAUGCCAAGGGGAUGGACGCGGAGCCUUCAUCCCCCCGGAGUGAAUCCCCCACCCCAGGGAUGGGGGCGGGCUGUGGGGUCACCUUCACCCCCUCCCUGCACCCCCCGAGCUUCCCCUGCAUCCACCCCGCCGAGAGGGGCCAGGGGGAGGGAAAAGAGGGGUCCCCAAAGCCAGGGGCAGCUCGGAAAUGGCUCCCCCAAUUUCCUGAGCCCUCCCAGCAUUUUCAGGAUUGUGCUUGAAGGAGAUUCCCAGUGCUUUCCCCACCCCACCACCGUGUGCGCCCCCUGCCAGCCCUGGGUGGGGCUGUGGAGCACCAGGGCAGCACUUUUGGGGACAAUUCUCCCCUCCCCAGCUGAAAUUUGGCCGCUCACCCCCUGCCCAGCACAACCAGCAAGGGCAGAAAUUGGGCUCUUCCUCUCCCAGUCCCAUACUGGGAAGACUGGGCUGGGACAGCUCCUGGUACUGGGUGUUACUGGGAGCAGGGCCAAAGCCCCCCCAGAGCAUCACAGCUCGUUCUGCUCCCUCUUGGAGGGGAAAUAAAGCCCUGGCACAAUAAAAUCCCAAAUUAAGGCUGUUCCUUGGAGGAGUCACCCUGUUCCCCCUAGGAAGGAGUUUUAAUCCCAUCAGUGGAACCCAGUAAUUUCCAGUGGAACCCAGUAAUUCCCAGUGGAACCCAGUAAUUCCCAGUGGGAACCCUCCCAGGAUUGGGAUGGGUUGGGGCACAAAUGGGCAAUUUGGGUGAGGGGUUUCUGCAUUUUGCAGGGUUACAGGUGGUACCUGCAAGGGCGGUAAUGAGGGGGCACCUCAUCUGUUCUGGGGGUCCCCAAGUCCCCCCAAGAGCCAGCAUGUCCUGUCCCCCCCCUUCACCCACUGUGACCUCUCCCACUGCAGGAAACACCAAAAAUGAAGCCAGGAAUGUCCCAGCACCAGGGACACUGGGGCCAAACUCCCUCCAUGCCCAACCUGCAAUGCCCCCCUGCCCCACAUCCUGAGACAGGGGGGACACCCCUGGGGGGCACCUGGAUCCCCUCACAAAGGCACCAAAUCUGCUGUUUCAGCCCAAUCUGGAGAAGCCCAAGGUUUUCAGGCAAGCCCUGGGCACAGUGGGUGCCAGCCCAGGGCUGCCCACCCUCAGCCAGGACAUCUGACACCCCCUCCCAACGGUGGGCAUUGUGUUAUUCAUUUCUAAACAAUAAACCACAUUUUUCGUAAGUGAAUUAUGGCUCCAGCAGCCCUAUAAAGCCAGGGGGGGUGGGGAUGGAGACUUCCAACAGGCUCCUCAGGCCUGUGCUGGUGCUGGGAAUGGGUUUGGGGGCAGGAUGGUGCUGGAGGUGGGUGCCAGAGGUGGGUACAGCCAUGGCAGGACACUGUGCAGAGCAGUGCUCUGUGGUUCAGGAGGGCAGUAAGAAAAAAAAAAAAAUAAAAUCCCCAUUUAAAACCUCUGUCCUAGGGAGGAUAAAAUCCAUUUGUCUUCCACUGAGAGCUGGGCCCUGCCAGGACCUGAUGCUCUCCUGGAAUGUGGGAUGAGGGAUAAGGGACGAGGUUUGGGCUGCUGAACAGCCCAGCCACAAUCAGAGCUGCAGUCCUUGAGGCUGGAAAAGCCCUCUGGGACCAUCCCAGCCCAGCAGCAGCACAGUUUCCUUCUAAACCACCUUCAGGGGUUCACUGGGGUGCAAAGUGGUGCUGAGGGAGCUUUGCUGGGUGGGUUUGCAGUGUCCUGAGCAGGGUGAGCAGGGAUUUCUGGAAGUUUUACUCAUCAUUAAACCAAGCCAGGGCAGCUUUUCCUUCUCUGUGCUCUCCUGGAGGCACAUCCACACCUGGCUCUGUGCUGCCCACGGGGUCAGGGUGCAGCACUGGGCAUCCAGAUGGAUCCAGCUCAAUGCCACCCCUGGCUGAGGGGGAAGAGAGCAGGAUGGGGACAGUUCCAGGCAUGUUACCAUCCAUGCUGUGCCCACAGAACUUCUCUGAUGGCUCAUAAGGCUGAGUUUGCUGCUUCCAGGGCUGAGGCUGAGCAUCCCCACAGCAGGAUUCACCCCUGGAGCUCCACAGGCUCAGAAUCCCAGCAGGUGAUGGAAUUGGUGCUGUCCCAGGCUCCCUCUGCCCACAACCAUCUCUGCAAAUUCCUGCCUCAAAUCAGGGUGAAUCCCCCAGGAUUUCACCCCCCAAGGCUGCUGCCGCCCCUCUGCCAGGGAAACCGAGGCCAGGCAAGGUGCCUGGGUGAGCUCUGGCAGGAUUUGGUGUCAGGAUCCUCUGCUGGGAGCAGGGACCAAAGAAAACCCCAGUGGUGACACCACAAAGAAAACCCCAGGUAACACCACAGAGGUGUCAGAAAUCCCAGGACAGAGCUGGGGAAGGGUUCAGUGAAUGGGACAGGGAAGGAAGGGACAGCCUGUGGGAACCUGCUCCCCCCAACCAACAGACAGGAUGCAAAAUAAGAUUAAACCUUCUGGUGAGGGGCCAUGUACCC